AAAAGUCUCCAUAUGUUACACUAAUACAAGUUCAAUCUUCACCAAAGCCUUAUUAGCAUUCUUAGAGAGAAAGAGAGUCAGUGUGUCACUCUGCAAUGCUUCCUAAGCUUGGUAGUGAUGUGGAGGAUGGUGGAACUGGCCUUGGAACUAAGCCUAUCUGAACAAUACCCACCUCUUCUUCCUUCUUAUAACAAGGUUCAAAUUCUUAGCUAAGAAGAAGAAGAGUAUAAGAUAGCUUUUUGAAGCUGAAAGCUAAUUUUGUGAAGUAGCAUAUACUUUCAGUUUGUUUUGUUCUUCUGGGUGGAGUUCCUUCAUUUGGUGUUUAUAGUCAUGGAGGUUUCGUGGUUCUCUACCUUUUAUAGCCUUUUAUGGAUCCAACCAUCUCAAAUGUGUGAAUGGUUCAAAAACAAGGAUCUGGUAGCAGAAGCACUUUUGCCAAUGGCAAUUUUUUCCUGAAUUUUCCCUUUUGCUUUGAAUCAAGGAACAGAUAAUAUUUCUGUUGAAUGACUAUACCAUUCCUGAUUGCAACUCUGAAAAUUUUUGGUCCUAGAUAUUAGCCAAUCUCCUUUGAUACCAGAUAGACCUGAUAGAGUGUCAGGCAAUAGGCAUUAUUGUGGAGGCAGAUCUCCUUUGGCAGUGUAACCCUCAAUCUUGGAGCAGGAACCUUUUUCUCUUUCUGGAACUUAUCUAUGUUUUCAGAUUCAGCUAUACCGGGCAAAUCUCCUUUGGCAAAAGUUACUUAAUUUCCUUUGGUUGGAUUGCAAGUAGUAAAAGUAUAGGAAAAACAAUUUUUGCCUUCAGUGAAAAUAUUAUCAUUUAGAGGAAAUUUCUCUAGGAAGUCCACCCUUUUUGUAGGGCAAAUCUCCUUUGGCAUCUUUUGAUUAUCUUGGUCUGCUUCCUUCAAUAGCUACAAAUUUUUCCUUCUUGUAAACCACCCAAAAAUUAAAAUAAAAUAAAAUAAAUAAAAAAAGAUAGAACCAUCUGAUAGUUGUAGCCAGUUAACAUUUUGUUGUUGUAAACCUCUCCCAAGGGUUAAUUCCACUUCAAGUUGGGCAUAUCUCCUUUGGCAUUUUGGAUUCCUUGAUUGAUUCUUAUUAUCCUAUUGGUCAAAAACAGACCAAGAUUGGGUCCUGUUAUCCUGGGAAAAAUCUCGUUUGGCAUCAGAUCUCCAGUUUCAGUGUUCAAGAUAAUCAUUUGGAGUGUGACAAAAAGCAGUAUCAAUCAGAAAUAUUUUGCAUUACCCACAAUUAUCCAUUGAAAUCAACAUUAGCCUAAUUUGCUUGAAAAGGUCUCAUUCAGAGGGAAAAAACAUCAUAGGAUUAAAAUCUACGAAUGACUUAACAGUUGAAUCCUUUCUAUUGAGUGCAGAAUAAUUCUGAUUCCAUCUAUUUCAGAAUCUGGCAUAUAAUUGAUGGAUCCUACCAUCAGUGAUUCAGACUGGGAGACUUCCAGUGACAGCAACAGCAGUGAAGAUCAAGAGGAAAUUGAUUUUCUUUAUGGUGGGAAAGCUCAGAGCAUAUUAUCAAGUUUAGAGGAAAGCAUUGGAAGGAUUGACGAUUUCCUUUCUUUUGAGAGAGCAUUUGUCCAAGGAGAUGUGGUCUGCUCCUUGUCAGAUCCAUCUGGACAAAUGGGUAGGGUCACAGGUUUUGAUAUGUUUGUGGAUUUGGAAAGUGUUAAAGGAAAAGUAUUAAAAAAUGUAAACUCUAAGAAACUUUUGAGGAUUCGCUCCAUCUUAGAAGGUGAAUAUGUAAUUAAGGGCCCUUGGCUUGGUCGGGUUCAAAGGGUGGUGGACAAAGUGACUGUUUUGUAUGACGAUGGAACUAAAUGUGAUAUCACUGCCUUGGAAAGAGAGAAGCUUUUACCACUGACUCGUAAUAUUCCUGAAGAUUCACAGUAUCCAUAUUAUCCAGGGCAGAGAGUAAAGAUUAAGUCCUCCAAUUCUUCUAAAUCAACUAGAUGGCUAUGUGACACUUGGAGAGACAAUCAUGAUGAAGGAACUAUUUGUGCUGUGGAAGUAGGUUUGGUGUAUGUUAACUGGCUUGCGCCAGUUCUAGUGGGUUGCAAUUUGAGUGCGAGUGCUCCCCAAUGCUGGCAAGAUUCUAAAAACUUGACUGUGUUAUCUUGUUUUUCACAUGAAAACUGGCAGCUUGGUGAUUGGUGCAUGCUCUCAGUUGAAGACCAAAAGGAACAGAUUAUUCAACAAGCACCUAUAGUUGAUCUUACCAUGGAGCAGUGUGUGUCAAUAGGAUAUAAGAGAAGUAACCUUAACUCUUACAUUGGUGAGUUGUUUAUAAUUGGGAAGAUAAAGACCAAAGUUGAUGUUGUGUGGCAAAAUGGUGAACAUACUUUGGGAUUGGAUCCAGAGAAUUUACUCCCAGUGAAUGUUAUAAACAAUCAUGAAUUUUGGCCUCACCAGUUUGUGCUCGAAAGAGGUGCUUCUGAUGAUCCUCUUAAACCUAGCAGUCAAAGAUGGGGUGUUGUCCAAUGUGUGGAUGCAAAGGAGCGUACCGUAAAGGUACAAUGGGAAACUAUUUCCAUAUCCAACCCAGAUAAUUUGACUGGAGAUAAUUUGGAGGAAACUGUGAGUGCCUAUGAACUUGUAGAGCACCCAGAUUACUCCUGCUUUUUUGGUGAUAUUAUGUUUAAGGCGGCUCAAAAACAGCUUGGUCACCAAGCUGAUAAACAAAAAGAAAAAUCAGUGACUGACUUAAAUGCAGAAGCAGUUCCUAAAGAUGGGAAUCAAAUGGGUUAUCAGGAUGAGCUCCCUGAUAAUUAUUUCAUGUCCUGUGUUGGCAAUGUUACUGGUUUCAAAGAUGGUUAUGUGGAGGUGACAUGGGCAACUGGUUUCACAACCAAGGUUGCACCAUAUGAAAUUUUUCGGAUUGAUAAACAUGAAGAUUCAAUUCUAAGUCCCACUCCUUAUGAGACAAAUAUUGAAGAGUUAACUCAGGAGAUAAUUGAACACGGGAGUCUACCUUCUGACCAGAAAGGAAAGGACUUCUUAAAUGGUGAUGGCAGUAGAGAGAAUUGUGCAAAGAAUCUUGCGGAAUGUAGUUCCUUUUCCCUUCCUCGAGCUGCCUUUGAACUUUUCUCCACCAUUAAAACAAGCAUAUUCCACACUCUUAGUGGAACUCUACUUUCAGGAGCAGUUUCCUCAGUACCUACAUUUGAAAAAGAGAAUGGAUAUGAUUUAAUAGAUAAGAAAGAUUUGCAGACUUGUGCCCUCUUUACUGAACAACAUCCAGUGAUCGAGUUGCAAUCUCCUGAAGACAAAACUUCAUAUCCAGAAAUUGUUAUGAUUCAGGAGAAGAAGGAUUUUCCAUUUUCUUUAGACAGCAACAGUUCAAACCAAUUCAAGCAGUUUGAUGUAUUAGAAAAUUGCCCUGACCACCAUUUUUUUGACAAGGGAAAAGGGUUGUCAAUGUCGCAGGUAAAAAGAAGUUGGGUGAAAAAGGUUCAACAAGAAUGGAGCAUCCUCGAGAAAAAUCUUCCUGAAACUAUUUACGUUCGUGUGUUUGAAGAAAGAAUAGAUAUCAUGCGAGCAGUUAUUGUUGGUGCAUCUGGAACCCCUUAUCAUGAUGGAUUGUUUUUCUUUGAUAUAUGCUUCCCUCCAGAGUACCCCAAUGAACCACCUAUGGUGCACUACAAUUCUGGAGGGCUCCGAUUAAAUCCUAAUUUGUAUGAGUCAGGAAAAAUCUGUCUGAGUCUCCUAAACACUUGGACAGGUACAGGGACUGAAGUGUGGAACCCUGGAACCUCCACAAUUCUUCAAGUCCUUCUCUCUCUACAGGCACUUGUCCUCAAUGAGAAGCCUUAUUUCAAUGAGGCUGGAUACGACCAACAAAUUGGCAGAGCUGAGGGAGAGAAAAACUCAGUCAGUUACAAUGAAAAUGCUUUCCUUGUCACAACCAAAUCCAUGAUGUAUCUAUUAAGAAAACCACCAAAGCAUUUUGAAGCACUGGUGGAAGAGCACUUCAGAAAACGCUCCCAACAUAUUCUUCUUACUUGUAAGGCUUAUCUCGAAGGAGCUUCCAUUGGAUAUGCUUUUGGUAGUGGAGAAACUGAACAUGAAAAUCAGAAGGGGACUUCAACAGGAUUUAAAAUUAUGCUUUCUAAGCUCUUCCCCAGGCUUGUAGAGACAUUUUCCGACAAGGGAAUUGAUUGCAGUCAGUUUGUUGAUCUACAAAAAUAACUUUUACUUACUGAGUUGUAAGUAACUGUCAAAUUUCCCGACCAAGAUAUUCCAAUCCUAAGUGUAAUAUUAUGUUUACAUGUAUCAAAUGUAAUAUCCAUUUUAAUCUUAGAUUUUCUUUUUGUAGUUUUAAAGGUUUGUUACUCUUGUAUUGAUGAUAAAUAAAUCAACAAUACAGACUCCUUAUUGUGGUAUGUGUGUAUGGAUCACACCACGGCUUGUAGAUGUAAAAUAUGAAAUAAGAAUUACUAUUAUUAGAAUAAUUA